UGUCUCUCGAUCAGGGUGCACUCCAGCUUCAGGCUGUUGCCCUUGCAGUCACAAGUAGGACAAUGGUAAAAUUUGGUUAUAUAUCACGCAGUUGUGCUGUGCUUAAAUGGGCUUUGUUGUUAGUCACUUCGGAUGUAGAUGUCUGUGCAGGGAAAAUAAGUGUCCUGGCUGGGAUGUCCAGGCCAUAAUCAGGAAAGACGUGGGUUCUCCUGGGGAAUCAGCCAUCUCACCCUAAUGUAGGCACCCAAAAUAGAGCAGAGAGCCAUCCCUGAUCCCCAGCUCCUGGCUGGGGCAUUUCUCACCUACCUGAAAGGCCGUUUAGUAACUUCCAUCCUGAAAGGAAGCCUUAGCACAGAUUUGAGCCUUUCCCAGAUUGCCUGUGUCCCAGAGAUGCAAAGGAUGACAAUGGUUUCUACAUUCCAGUCCUGUGUUUACCACACGGAGCUGAGCCAGUCUGACCCAUGCCGGCUCUGCAGCCAAAACCCAACCUGGAAUGUCUUGCCGAUCUCUCCCUCACCUCAGGCACUUGCCACACCACAUCCUACCCUUGUUUUGCAGUGCCUAAUUACUUUCUAGUGUGGGAGGACUCGGAGAACGUGCUGGAGUUGUUCAUCCAGCCUCUGUAAUUUGCUUUGGUAUUUAUAAACACAACGAGGAUGUGAUUUGUGAUGCAAGGGCAGGUCGGUGUGGAAGCUUUGGGAUGAGUAAUGCCUUCCUCUGUGCACAUCUGAGCUGCAGAAAAGGACUGGAAAGCCCAUGAGGAGGAGAAAAGUGAGUCCUCCUUAGCUGGUAGAAGCUUACAGAGAGCAAGGAGAGAGGUCUUUCUGGAGGGAACAAGACCAUCCCAAGGUCCGGAGAACGAGCCCGAUGCCAACAAGUUUUCUGGGCAGUGCCCUCCGGGGCACUUUCUUCUUCGCCUUUGGCCUGUGGUGGUCAGUGCGGUACCCCCUGAAGUACCUCAGAAGGAGAGGUGACGCCGAGGGCCAGCGGGGCCGUGGGCGCGCAGAGCUCUUCGAAGGGGCAGUCAAAGCUUUCUUUGCUCUAGUAGGGAUACUGGUGGAGCAGUUUGUCCCCACGGGUCCCCACCUGCAGCUGUACAGCCCCAAGACGCAUAGCUGGACUGACCUCACCCCCUGGCACUACUCCACCAUCUACCUGUUCUUCCUCCUCUCUGGCAUCACAGACCUGAUCUCACACUCCCCGCUCAAGCUGCCACCGGGCUUGGACCGGCUCUCGCUGUCCCUGGCUCUGCUCGUGGAAGGUUUGCUCUUCUGUUUCCGUGACUACAGCAAUGCUGUGCUGGACCACCACCUCCACUCCCUGCUGGCCAUGGCUAUCUUUGCCGGAGUCUUCUGUGCCCUCCUAGAGGUGUUCCUCCGAGACCAUAUCAUCCUGGAGACCUUCAGGACCAGCUCCUUCCUUCUCCAGGGCUCUUGGCUUUGGCAGAUUGGGUUUGUGCUGUCCCCUCCGUGGGGAGGACCAGGCUGGGAUCAGAGCGACCCCAGCAACCUCUUGUUCCUCACCAUGUGCUUCUGCUGGCACUACGUGGGUGCUCUCGUGGUGAUGGCCACCAACGCUGCCAUGACCCGCUGCUGCAAUGAGUCCUGCCAGCUGAAAUUUGGGGACAUCGACGUGGAGCUGGACUGUGGCUUGUGCCUUCACAGAGGGAAGAAGAGCUCCAGUGGUGCCUUGCUGCUGGAGGGCAGCUCAGAUGACAAAUGAGGCUAUGGCGGGCAUGGAAAUCUCUUCCCUGCUGUUUUAGAGCACUUGACAUGAGGUUUUUAAUUAGUCUUGAUAAACUACAGCAGCACUUGACAGUGGAGCUUCAGAAGUAGGAGGCAGGACCCUGAGCAGUGUGGCAGGGGAUGCAAAGCCUUUCUUUGUGCAGCCCUUUGGUAGCCACAAGUUUUUAAUGCUCUGAGCUGCAGCCCAGGCUGCAUACUGCAGGACUCGUUUGCUGGUGGGGUCCAACUGGUGUGGCAAAUCUGACUAUUUUUUAAAAAUUAUUUUCCCUUCUGCUUCCUCAGAAGGGAGCCAAGCCAGCGUUCAAAGCUCCUGGUGGCUGUCGUUCACUCUGGUGUUAAUGGAGAGGGUUUUGUACACAACUGAAUGUACAGGGUAUCCGUGUUCACCAAUAAAGUGCUUUAACACA